GUAAUUCGAAGAACUUUUCUUUUAAAACGUAAUUGUAAACAGCAAUACAGUUUGAUUUGCGACUCAUUGUGUAAUGUACAAAGCCUUUCAUGGCUUUGUCAAGACAUUGCAAACGAUUUUUCACCAAAAAUAUGAACAGCUGCUUUCAGCGUGUCAUAGUUGUAUAACUUUACAAAGAAAUGGUGCUUUGACAAAAAUUUGAGAUAUUCUUUGUUUUUCUUUCUGUUAGUACAACCGUGCAGAUGGCUUUGAUCAAUAUCGCAAUACCGCCUCAUAGAAAGAGAACGACCUCCAACAUUUUGCACCUACUCUAAAAGACGCCUCGAGCCACAUAGACGUUAACAAGAAACGUUCAUUUUCCGAGUCAAGAUGAAGACGUUUUUCGUCGUUGUCCUCAUGGCUUUGUGUGCCCACGGAGACCACAAGUCUCCAAGACCUCCAGGAUACAAUACCUUCACGAAGAACUUCAAAGGAAGAUCAUCAUUGCAGGCAGGAGACGUUGUUGAAGGAGAUAUUAUGCUGGACAGCAAAACUGCCGCUCUGUACCGGGGAGAGUCGAGAAAUGCCAUGAAGAACGUGAAUCUGUGGAAAAAUGGAGUUGUGCCUUAUAUUCUGGAUGCAAGUGUGGAUGAUUAUUUACGAAGCCAGAUUGACGAGGGAAUCAAGGAAUACCACAAAUAUACCUGUCUUCGGUUUGUAAAGAGAACAAACGAAAAAGAUUACAUCAGGGUUAUGAAACCAGCCUCGGGCUGUAACUCAAUGGUGGGCGCCAUCGGAGGAGAACAAAUCCUUAACAUGGGAGAUGGCUGUCAGUAUGUAGGGCUUGUUCUCCACGAGUUCGGUCACGCAAUCGGCUACUUCCACGAACACAACAGACCUGACCGUGACGAUGUGGUUAAUAUUAUGUGGGAUAACAUUCAGUAUGGUUUCAAGGAUGCUUUCUACAAGUACACUUUUGACGAGGCUGAUGUACAGGGCUUCAAGUAUGAUCUCACCUCCAUCAUGCACUACGAGAACACCGCAUUCACCAACGGCUAUUGUCGUCCAACUAUGCUUGUUAAGAAGGAUCCCUCGUACGAGGUCACCCCUGUUUACCUGAGGAAAUUCAGCCCCCAGGAUAUUCAGAAAAUAAACAAGCUUUACAGCUGUCAGACUAAUCAGCUACCGCCCACAGUGUUACCUGGAAGUGGAAAUCCGGACCCAUCUCAAUGUGUCUGUAAGGAUAAAUACAACGACUGCCAAGGAUGGAGGGACUCGGGCGAGUGUGGCCUCAAUCUGAUGUGGAUGAGUACCAACUGUCCAAAGAGCUGUAGAACAUGUGGUGAACCACCUUCAGAUUGUCAGGAUGUGUACCCCGUGGCGUGUGAGGACUGGGGCAAAGGCGGCGAGUGUUCCAAGAACCCUAUCUGGAUGAACGUUCAUUGUAAAAGAACUUGCAGUCAGUGUUCAGGUGCAACUCAACCUCCCCUCCCUGGAACCACUGCGGUACCUACUCCCCCUCCCCCUGCCACAACUCAAGGACCUCAGCCUCCCCAGCCCACCACUCAGCCGCCUGGAAAUUGCAAUGACGUUUAUCCAAAGUACUGUCCUGAUUAUAAGAAACGAAGAAUGUGUCAAACACAUGUAAAUUACAUGGGGCAAGUCUGCAAGAAAACCUGCGGAUUUUGCGGUGGCGGCGGCUCAGGAAAUUGUAAAGAUGUGUACCCUCAGUAUUGCCCAGGGUACAAACAGAAUGGCAUUUGUACUGAUCCUAACUACCUGGACUAUGUCAAGGAGGUCUGCAAGUUCACCUGUGGCUUCUGUAGUAAGUACUAUUUGACAUCCUAUUCAACUCACGUUUUGGUACAGGUCUGUUAUUUGAUUUAAUGUCUAAUCACUUUUUAUUUUUCUAUUUCAGGUUAAUUGAAAUGCCCAGCCCCGGCCGGCCGUGAAACGAGAAAUGGGACGAAAAACUUAGCUUGCUAUUCAACGGAGAGAAUUAAUUUUUCAGUUACAAAGCCUUGUAAUGUUUGUUGACGGAUUUAAUAGUGAUUAAAGUGGCAUGGAUGUUACAAUGA